UUACGUAAUCAUUGAGCAAGACCCCUCUCUCCGCAUGUAAUCAAACAUAAUCAUAUCCUUGACCCCACCCCCACCCCUAAGUGAUUACGUAAUAUAUGGACAACCCCUAUAAUGACAAAGCUCUCUUAAGAUAAGAAAGAUUCUCUUAAUCAUAAUUCACGUUUCAGUUAAGUUCCACAAUGCGAUUAUAUGUCGAUUUUAAGGUUUGUUAGCGAUGCUCGGCGAUUCGAGUGGCAGUUUAUUUUAAGCAAUCGUUCAAAACACUUGCAUUCAAAAUUUUUCAAAUUGAGUUUUUGAAUAUAAUCUCAUUAUGGGGUGCCUUAAAUCUAGUGGAAUCGCAAUUACCAUCAUCAGUGUUCUGUACACGCAUUUUCUAUUUAUCGAGCUCUGCAUUGACGGAGCAAAUGUUUGGAAUAUGAAAAAUAAUUUUUCUAUUGCAUCUUUAGUUCUUCUGGGUAACAGCUCUAGUUUAUUUCUUAACAUGUUUGUCUUGGCACGCAUAAUCAAGAACGAUCCUCUCGGAGUCAAACUAUGGAUCGCUUUUUCAAUAGUUCUUGCUUCGCUUCUUAUCUUGGCUAUUUAUUAUAGAAUACUUCAUGGAAUAAUACACGCAAUUAGUUUCUUUUUUAUACCUUUCCUCUUUAUUUCAACUAUUAUAAUGGGUUUCCUUCAAAGGAAUCUUCAAAGAAAACAGAAUGUGACAUUUGAGACUCAAAUCAAUGACUCUUAAAGCUAAUAAAAAUAAUGAAAUCAUCUUUACAAUUACCACUUAUUUUCAACAUUUCAAUAA